GUGCCAUCCAGACUCUCAGCACUGAGACGCAGUGUGCAGAUAUAUGACAGUCUAUGGAAACGGUCUACGGGUUUACCAUGGCGAGCAGAGGCAGCUUCAGCUCUGAGUUCUCUGAGGAUGAACUGGAGGUGAGUCCUCAGGGAUCUGAGGGUCUGGACAGCAGUGAUGGCAGUAGCCCAAAAAGCUGUUACCUCAACAGCACCCUAAACGAGUCAGAGGAAAGACAGACUAAGAAACGCAGAAGGCCGGUGCGUUCCAAAGCCCGCAGAGUGGCAGCCAACGUGAGAGAGAGGAAACGCAUCAUGGAUUACAACCAGGCCUUCAACGCACUUCGGGUGACACUGCAUCAUGACCUCAGCGGGAAACGACUAUCAAAGAUCGCCACGCUCCAGAGGGCCAUCAAUCGAAUCUCUUCUCUAUCAGUCUUCCUUACCAACAACCCACCAGCAAGUGUGGCAAAAGCCUGCACCCACUUAGAGUGCCACGGUCAUCCCAGCAGCUUGUGGCCAGAGAAGGAGUCAUCGCCCCCUUUCCGUCAAGAGUUCCAGAACAUUCUGUCCUGGCAUCAGCAGCUCCCCCACCAUGUUCAAAACCCCUUGCACAGACUGUCCUCAGAGCAACACAUUUUAAUUGAUGGACAAAGACACACAGGCCCUGUCUGUUCCCCAUCCCCUCACUACCCCUGUUUCUUUCCUGAGGCAGGACAAUGUGGGACACCUCCCAGCAACACAGCCAGCCCAUCCAGAUACAGGAGGCUAGGUGACUUUAGCUGGUAUCAACCAGGAUUUUGGGGCUCUUGUGCUCCAAGUCAAUUGGACAAUUAUGGAGACCCACACCAGACAGCCCAUCUUCCCUGGCACAUGAGCUACCUGCAGGAAACUCAACAUUGCCAGGACAGAUUCUGAUUCAUACAUUCAUCUAAAACAAAGAGCAAGCACUGGGAAAAACUUCAAACACCUGCCUGAACCCUUGCAGCUAACAGGUGGAUUCCUAUGUGAGGGUCUCCAUUGACACACACUGUACAUAUUUUGAAUGUAAUUUGAAUUAAUGUUAAAUGUAAAACAACAGAAAAUACUUAUGUCAGAUAAGACAUUUGUGCUUUCAAAGUAUCAUUAUUGUCCAUGUGGCAUGGUAAACAGAACUAAUAUAUAUAUAUAUAUAUAUAUAUAAAUGCCUCUCUUGAAGAUUGUAGAUUGUUUGAUCCAAACUGUCUCAGUGGAAUUUCUU